AUGCUAUUUCGGCCACCCCUUCGAAUCUCACCGUACACGUCGCCGCCACGACAUUUCCCGACACUUCAGCAAAGUUUUUCGACCGUACGAUCUAAGAUCUAGGGUCUAGAUUCGUCCUUGCCCCAUCGGACUCUAACCCCUCUUUAAAUCCACCUUUUUUCCUCCUCCUUUCUUUCUUCGUCUCUCUCUCCCCUCUGGUCGGCUCUGCGCUCUCCGAAGCUCGAACACAUCAGAAAAAGAAAGCGCGAGAAUCUAGAGAGAGAAGAGGAAACUAGAGAGAGAAAAAGAAAAUAUACUCUCCAUUUAGAGAGAGAAAGUUGAGAGAAGGAAGAGCGAGAUAUUCAAUCCGUGUUAGUAUUCGAGAUCUAAAGGAGAGCCUAGAGACCGACCUGUAGAUCGGAGCUUCUCCGGCGCAAACAAGAUCUCUGAUUUUGAGCUGAAGGCGGUGGUGUGGUGGAGGAAGGACAGUGACGAUGGCGCCAAGCACUAUCCGGAAGGCGAUCGGAGCGGUGAAGGACCAGACCAGCAUUGGGAUAGCGAAGGUGGCGAGCAACAUGGCGCCAGAGCUGGAGGUGGCGAUUGUGAAGGCGACGAGCCACGACGACGAUCCGGCGGCCGACAAGUAUGUGCGGGAGAUCUUGAAUUUGACCUCUUACUCGCGGGGGUACGUGAGCGUGUGCGUGGCGGCGGUCUCGAAGAGACUGACCAAAACCCGGGACUGGGUCGUUGCCCUCAAGGCCUUGAUGCUUGUGCACAGGUUGUUGGCGGAAGGAGAUCCCGAGUUCAAGCAGGAGAUUUUGUACGCCACGAGGAGGGGAGCUCGAUUGCUGAACAUGUCGGAUUUCCGCGAUGAGGCGCACUCGAAUUCGUGGGAUCAUUCGGCCUUUGUGAGAACUUAUGCAAUGUAUCUGGAUCAGAGGCUGGAAUUGAUACUGUACGAGCGGAAGUUGACUGGUAGUGUUGGCGGCGGCGAUGAGAGGAUGGAUCGGUCGAGAGGGCCGAGGCCGCAAGAUUUUGAUUAUGGAGGGGGUUUUAGGGACGAAUUUGCGGGCUACAGCGGAAAUUCCGGGAUGCGUCGAUCGAGGUCUUUUGGAGAUGUGAGCGAUUCGGCAGGGCGAGAGGACAAAAGGGUCAUCACCCCACUGAGGGAGAUGACGCCGGAGAGGAUUUUUGGGAAGAUGGGGCAUUUGCAGAGGCUUCUCGAUCGGUUCUUGUCGUGUCGGCCGACGGGCAUGGCGAAGAACAGUAGAAUGGUGUUGAUUGCUUUGUACCCGGUUGUGAGGGAGAGCUUUCAGCUGUACGCAGAUGUUUGUGAAGUUUUGGCAGUUCUGCUUGAUCGAUUUUUCGAUAUGGAGUACCCGGAUUGCGUCAAAGCAUUUGAGGCGUAUGCGAGCGCGGCGAAGCAGAUCGACGAGCUUCUGGCGUUUUACAAUUGGUGUAAGGACAUCGGCGUGGCGAGAUCGUCGGAGUAUCCGGAAGUGCAGAGGAUUACGAGCAAGAUAUUGGAGACGCUGGAGGAGUUCGUGAGGGAUAGAGCGAAAAGGCCCAAGAGUCCGGAGAGGAAGGAGGAAACCCCGGGGGAGGCGCCUCCGGAGGAGCCGGUGCCGGAUAUGAAUGAAAUAAAGGCGCUUCCGCCACCGGAAAAUUACACUCCUCCGCCCCCACCGGUGCCAGAGGCUAAGCCUCCGCAAGUGACGGAAGACUUGGUGAAUUUGCGCGAUGAGGGCUUGUCUGCGGACGAUCAGGGGAAUAGAUUGGCCUUGGCUCUCUUCGCAGGGCCGCCGGUGAAUAAUUCAAAUGGGUCGUGGGAAGCAUUCCCCUCAAACGGUGAGCCGGCUGUGACCUCCGCCUGGCAGACUCCGGCGGCCGAGAGCGGGAAGGCGGAUUGGGAGCUAGCCCUGGUGGAGACGGCUAGCAAUCUGGCGAGGCAGAAAGCGACAUUGGGAGGCGGGUUCGACCCGUUGCUCUUGAACGGCAUGUACGAUCAGGGAAUGGUGAGGCAGCACACGAGCACAGCCCAGCUCAGUGGCGGAAGCGCCAGCAGUGUGGCUUUGCCAGGGAAGAGCGCAACGCCGGUAUUGGCACUGCCGGCGCCGGACGGGACAGUCCAGACAGUUGGGCAGGAUCCGUUUGCCGCAUCCACAAGCAUUCCACCUCCAUCUUAUGUGCAAAUGGCGGAAAUGGAGAAGAAGCAGCAGUUGCUGGUGCAGGAACAGAUGGUUUGGCAGCAGUACGCUAGGAAUGGGAUGCAUGGCCAAGCCAGUUUGGCCAAGAUCAAUCCUGGGUACUAUGCUCCCGGCGCCGCCGUGCCGAUCGGAAUGCCUUACGGAAUGCCGCCGGUGAACGGGAUGGGGCCGCCAGCCGGGUACUACUCCACUCCUUAUAAUUGAUUUUCCCCAAUUUUAUUCAUAGAUGACUUCUCUUUGUUUCAUUAUAUGCUCUCUUUGUAGUGUUUUUCCCCCUCUUUACUGUUUUGUUCCAUAUAUGGUGAUGAUCUUGUUUCUGCAAUUUGUGCACGAUAAUGGAGGGGAGGAGGGGUAGACUGAGCAGAAGAGAACAGUUGACUGGUGACUGUAACCGGGCAGUGGGGAUGUGUAAUACGAUGCCUCUGUGUUGUGUAAUAUUUGAAUCUUCUUUCUUAUGUUUUUCUCUUUCCCUUUUGUUUUUGUUCUUUUGCAAAGGAAUAGAUAUUUGAUCCUUGUGUUUAGGACAUAGAACUGACCCAGUUGAAUCCGACAGAAUUCUAUUAUACCA